AUGCAGUUCAACAUCUUUACUGUGCUGCUUGCCAUCGGUCUUCCACUGGCCAUGGCAUCUCCUCUUCCCGUGGAGGGCGCUGAGGCUAUCCCAUUCUACCCGAAGCGCAGUGAAGAUGCUGAGGCUAUUCCCUUCUACCCGAAGCGCAGUGAAGACGCUGAGGCUAUUCCAUUCUACCCUAAGCGGAGUGAGGAAGCGGAGGCCAUUCCCUUCUACCCUAAGCGGAGUGAAGACGCUGAAGCGAUUCCCUUCUACCCGAAGCGCAGUGAAGACGCUGAGGCGAUCCCAUUCUACCCUAAGCGCAGUGAAGACGCUGAGGCUAUUCCCUUCUACCCGAAGCGGAGUGAGGAAGCGGAGGCUAUUCCCUUCUACCCGAAGCGCAGUGAGGAAGCGGAGGCUAUCCCAUUCUACCCGAAGCGGAGUGAGCACGCCGAGGCGAUCCCCUUCUAUCCUUGA